AUGUUGAAACAACUCACCAGAGCAGUCUCUCUCCACUCAUCAUCCAAAAUUCUGUUCCGAAACGGUUUUCCUGCACUCAUAACGAGAAAGACCGUAAAUAAUAUCUGUUGUUGCAAUUUCUCAACAAGUGUUAUCAAGAGUUCAUCAUCAAAAGAUAUCUCUCAAGGAAAUAAUUUACCUUCUCCUGCUGAAGAGAGAGCCUUUUCUAAAGAAUAUGAACAAUUGUUACGACAAGCCUUGUUUGAUUAUUUAAAAGGUGAAGCGGAAUUUGAUUUGAAUGAGGAUGAUUUGGGUAAAUUUGCAAAUGAAUGGAGCGGAAAUGAAUUUAAAGACGAAUACGAACGACAACUGUUUGAAGAACAAGCAAGAGAGGCCGAAAAGAAAGGAGUUCCAUUUGGAAAGGACAACCAAAAGAGCCCAACAACAGCAUCGUCAACGAAUGAAACAAUUCCUACUAUAGUUACACCUAAUAUGUCAAAUCACACUAAGGAAAUACCAACACAUCAACCCAAUAGGAAGCAGGAUACCCCUCAAGCAACCCAAAAGCAAAAUAAGGAAUAUUAUGCGAUCACUGUUUCACAAGAGCAUGACAACAUGCGACUCGAUCGAUUUCUCUCCAAAACGUUAGCAAUUAACUUUGGUCUUCUUCAAAAAGUGAUCCGAAAAAAACAAAUAUGGAAGAACGACUCUCCUGUUAAGGAGCACAAUGAACGAGUUUUUGCUGGAGACAUGGUGAAAAUAGCAAAGGAAUAUGUAAGCUCAGAGAGGAAGGAAGAAAUUGAGGCCAACAGAGCUAAAAAUGUAUCACAACCAUCUAAGGUUGAAAAAUUCAAUAAGUCAAAUCGAAAUGAAAAUACUCUCACAAUGGAAAAAGACGAAGAGAUGGACAGUAUUUCUUCCUUAUUGCUUGGAGAACCUAUUUACAAAAAGCAAGGACGCCAAUUUAAAUUGCAAUUGACGGAGGAACAAAUUGAAGAGAUUAGAAGUUGGAUUUUGUUUAAAAACGAUGAAAUUAUUGCCAUUAACAAGCCAUACGGGAUUUGUGUUCAAGGAGGAACCAAUCAAAAUUUCCACAUUGAUGCUAUUUUAGAUGCGCUCACAAUGGAUGGGUUCGUAGUUAGGCCCAAACUCGUCCAUAGACUUGACCGAGACACAACAGGGGUGCUCAUUAUCGCUAGAAACAGAAUUGGAGCGACCAGGAUGCAAGAAUGGUUCAAUGAUACUAAAAUUCCCCUUAAGAAAUGUUACUGGGCCGUUACGACAGCCACUCCUACACCAACCGCAGGAAGAAUCAAAAUGGCCCUUGAUAUCCAAAAGGAUGAAACAGGAUUUGAAAAAGUAAUGCCUGUGGAUGAUAAAACAUCUGGAACAGCCAGAACGUCCAUCACUGAGUACAAAACAAUUGAACAUAUGACAGAUAAAAUGGCUUGGCUAGCUCUGUAUCCUGUUACAGGCAGAAAACAUCAGCUCAGAGUUCAUUGUGCAACAGGAAUAAGUUGCCCAAUUCUUGGAGACUUUAAAUAUGGCCAGGGUGUUCCAGAAUCGCUCAUCCAUGUGCUUCCUGACGUUUGUUUGAAACGUCUUCAUUUGCAUCACAGAGCCAUGAUUCUCCCUUAUUUAGAUUCAAAAGGAGCAAACAUUAUGGUGACAGCCCCUCUCCCAGAACAUUUCCAAAGUCUAUUUUCUUUUCUAAUGCUAAAUGAAAAAAAGGGCAAUAAGCUAUUGUUCAAAUGA